AUGGUGGCGAGAGAUGUGGAGAAGAUGGUGGCCGUGGGACUCGUUUGGGGCGCCACGAACGCCCUCAUGCGCAGAGGCGCAGUCAUCUGGGACCAAACCCUGAAAUCCACGCCCCACUCGAACGCGUCCCAUCUCAGCAAGUGGCUAAAGCUGGCGUUGAUUUGGCAGUACACGCUUCCUUUCCUCAUAAAUCUGUCCGCAUCCGCCGCCUUCUUCGCCAUUCUGAGUGGGGCCCCCAUUUCCGUCGCCGUGCCCGUCACCAACGCCACCACUUUUGCCGCGACCACCGUGUUUGGGAUCAUCCUCGGUGAAGAAACCCGCCUUGUCCCGGCCUUGUUUGGUACUUUUCUCAUCGUUUUAGGUGUCUGUAUUUGUAUAAUGUGA